CCCCCUGUUCCCAACGCGAGGCGUCGGAGCUGUCGCGGUCGUGUCAGCGCCGGACCCUAGAUAAGCGUGGACGGCAAGGCUGUUGUGGCGACAUGGUGGGCUAUGACCCCUUGGCUCAGGGCGUUGCUCUCUCCCCGGAGGAAGCAGCCCUCGCUGGGUCAGCUGCAGGGAUGGUCACCCGAGCCCUCGUCAGCCCCUUUGACGUAAUUAAGAUAAGGUUUCAGCUGCAAAUAGAGCGGGUGUCUUCACGAAGGCCAGAGGGAAAGUACCGGGGAUUAGUCCAAGCAUCACGGUGCAUUCUGUCAGAGGAGGGGCCAUUUGCCUUCUGGAAGGGCCACAUUCCUGCACAGCUCCUAUCUGUUGGCUUCGGGGCAGUCCAGUUUGCCAGCUUCGAGUUUUUGACAGAGCUUGUCCACAAGAACACAGAGUUUGACAGCCAAAUGCCAGGGGUGCACUUUGUUUGUGGCGGUUUGGCUGCCUGCUCUGCUACAGUGGCCUGCCAACCUCUGGACACGCUGCGGACCAGAUUUGCAGCUCAGGGAGAGCCAAAGGUGUAUAGGAACCUGCGCCACGCUACCUCCACAAUGUAUCGCACUGGGGGAGUACUGACAUUUUACAGAGGUCUUGCUCCUACACUUAUAGCAGUCUUUCCGUAUGCUGGCAUGCAGUUCUUUUUCUACAAUGUCUUUAAAAAACUUUUGGGACUGCCAUCCAAGGGCAGCAACUCUGAAGGUUACCUACGGAGCCUGCUAUGUGGCAGUGGUGCUGGAGUGAUCAGUAAAACAAUCACAUAUCCUUUUGACCUCUUCAAGAAAAGACUGCAGGUGGGGGGCUUCGACGAGGCCAGAGUUAACUUUGGACAGGUGCGGAAUUACAGAGGCUUUGUGGACUGUGUGUCAAAGAUAGCCAAAGAAGAAGGUCCUCCUGCCUUCUUCAAAGGCCUCUCCCCGAGCCUGUUAAAGGCUGCAUUAUCUACAGGUUUCACCUUUUUCUGGUAUGAGAUUUUCCUCAAUGUCCUGCGAACCUCAAGGAGAGCAAAUGAACUCUCAAAGGACUUAUAGAAAAUAAGAAUGGAAAUUGUUGACUGUAAAAGGAGAACAGAUGGCAAAGUCACUCACAUAGGAAUCACUUGCACAUGACGUUCUCUUUGCACUCGGGUCGACUUAUACGAGGUCAGCUGUGGGAGUUCUUGCUACGUUGUGUUUACAUGUAAGGAGGGGAAAGAUAAUAAGCUCAUCCUGUUCAUGGUGUUUGUGUUAUACAAAAACUGGUAUACAUAUUUUGUAUUUUAGUCUAUACAACAUUUUACUCUGGGUUUUUCAGCAUUAUGGAUACUUGCUUUUUAAUGUUGCAUGCCAUAGUCAUUGCAGGAAAGUAGAGACGGACAGUUUCUCUCACUGACUACACGAACGCGUGUGUCUUUUAUUUUAUUCACAAACCAACCGCCCAAGCAACAUGGUGCUGCUCCAACCAGUCUGGACACCAGCCUGGCCAACGUGGAUGCAGAUACACUCACACGUUUUUUUCAGUUUACCAAUCUGGACACCAGCUUGGUGUCCAGGUGAACCUUGAAUCUCUUGUAUUUAUCCUGCUGGGAAGGAUUUUUGAGGAGGCGCACCACUCUGGUUGCUGUUAAACUGCUGAGAGCUGGCACCACAUAAUAGUGUUUUGUGAUUUCCCGCAAUGCGAACUGCGCUUCUGUCUGGGUGAACCAAGCCGAGGCUGACGACUCCUAGAACUACGGCAGCUUGAGAAAAACUGCAUAAGUAGUCACGUUCAGAAAGAGUUGUCUCUGGACACGUCCAGCAGACGAAGGUCGGGGUCACCAAUGUCUAGUGUUGCUGGUCUGAGAGUCACCAGACAAAAUUUCGUUGCGUGCGCACAAUGACCAAGUAUCUUAUCUUAGUCAGAUUUCAUAUUCCACAUUAUCCCGUUUUAAUUAUACAUAUUUUUUGCAUACAUUUGUUUUAUCAUAACAGACCACUGUUUCAUCCCCCUCCAUAAUAAUGUUUAGCCACUUUAUCCAACUCUGCAAAACUGAUGAACAGUUGUGCUCCAUUCAUUCAUUGUUAAGGUUACAAAGUGUGAUUUUUUUCAGUGCAAAAAUGGUAUUAGUCAGAAACCCACAUUUAAAUUUAAUUUAAGGGAUGGAUUGUAAAUGAUGGGGACUUGCCUUAUAUUGAUAUUUAAUAACUAAUGUAAGAGACAAUGGUUCAUAUGCUUUGGAAAUGUGUCAUGGUUAUUGUGUACUGGUGAUAUUAAGAUUUGUAAGUUAAGUAUUUAUGUAUGUGUUAUGAUGUACAAACGAUUACAACCGGGUAUAUUGAAACGGGUAAUGCACUUAAAAAUAAAGUGAAAAUCUAGAUUAAAAA